UGGUUUACAGUUAAGUACAUAAAUCAGGCGCCACCGCUGGUGUUGGAGCUGUAGAGGCAGACACGAGGCGCACAUGCUCACCGCACCGCCGCGGCUCGUCGCUGCCACUGCAGCCGGUGCAGCGAAGGAGUCUCUCGGCUUUUCUCUCCGCCGUCGACACGGAGGCGGAAUGGCUUGAGAUCAGACAACCGGCUGACUCGUCUCGGAUCGCCCCUGAUUGCACGAUGAUCUUCUGACUGUCUGCCCUGUCUCUCUCUGUGCGCGCGUGUGUGUGCGCGCGUGUGUGCGUGUGUGUGGAUGUGUGUGUGUGGAUGUGUGUGCCCGCCUGUCUUGCCGCGAAUUGCUGCAGUGCUGUUUUUUCCAGGUGUUGUGUGCGAGUGCGUGUGUGCGUGCGUGCGUGUGUGUGUGUGUGUGUGAAUGAGUGUGUGCGUGCGUGUGGCGCUGCUCGUUGUAGCCUGGUGUAAUUGGAAUUGUACUAAAAGAAGCCGGGGAUCGGAGUCUGAUGUCACAUGUGCUUCAUCGGAGGACACGGGGCAUCUGCAAGCUGGAUUUUGUGGAGGAUGCUGCGGCAAGUGAUACACAGAGGGCUCAAGGCUUCGUUCUACUGGCUGGGCUUAUUCGUUAGCAGACACCCCGUUUUCUUCCUCACCGUCCCCGCCGUCCUCACCAUCAUUUUCGGAUCUACCGUGCUGAGCCGAUUCAAGCCGGAGACGAACCUGGAGGUGCUGGUCGCCCCGACGCACAGCCUCGCCAAGAUCGAGCGGAGUCUCGCCAACAGCCUGUUUCCCAUCGACCAGUCGAAGCACAAGCUGUACUCGGAUUUGCACACCCCGGGCAGAUAUGGCAGGCUGAUCCUACUGGCCAAGUCCGGGGGGAACAUCCUGGAACUGGCCGACCAGGUCCUGCAGGUCCACAAGCAGGUGCUGGACCUGCGCGUCAAUUAUAAGGGAUUCAAUUACACGUUCGCGCACCUCUGCGUCUUGAGCCACAGGGACAAACGCUGCCUCUUGGAUGAUAUCAUCACCAUCUUCGAAGACAUCAGGCAGGCUGUGCUCUCCAACAGCACUUUCCAUAAGGUGCCCGUGAGCUAUCCAAACACAACGUUAAAGGAUGGUCGUGUGUCCUUCAUCGGACACCAGCUGGGCGGCGUGUCCUUCUCACCCAACAGCCGCGACCAGCAGGUCAAGUUCGCCCGCGCUGUCCAGAUCACGUACUAUCUCCGUAAUCACGGACCACCGGUGCAGGAUGCCAUCGCAGAGCGCUGGGAGAAUGAGUUCUGCGCCCUGGUCAGCCGGCUGUCCACGUUCGAGGCGCCCCAAGCACCUGACCAGCUCCACAUCCAGUCCCUCACCUCCUUCAGCCUGUGGCGGGACUUCCACCAGACGGGCGUGUUGGCCAAGGGGGAGGUGCUGGUCAGCCUGGUGCUGGUGCUCUUGGCCGCCACCAUCUCCAGUUCCAUGCGGGACUGUCUGAGGGGGAAGCCGUUCCUGGGCCUUCUGGGCGUGUUGACCAUUUGCAUCGCCAAUGUGACGGCCGCCGGGAUCUUCUUCAUAUCGGACGGGAAGUUCAACUCCACGCUGCUGGGGAUCCCGUUCUUCGCCAUGGGCCAUGGAACCAAAGGAGUGUUCGAGCUGCUGGCAGGCUGGAGGAGAACGAGGGAAAACCUACCUUUCAAGGAACGUGUGGCUGAUGCUUUCGCUGACGUGAUGGUUUGCUACACCAUGACCAGCUCACUCUACAUCAUCACAUUUGGCAUGGGAGCCAGCCCUUUUACCAACAUCGAGUCGGUGAAAAUCUUCUGCCAAAGCAUGUGCGUGGCCAUCCUGGUCAACUACUUCUACGUGUUCUCGUUCUACGGCUCCUGCCUGGUGUUUGCCGGACAGCUAGAACAGAAUCGCUACCACAGUGUUUUCUGUUGUAAGAUCCCCUCAGUGGAGUACCUGGACCGCCAGCCCACGUGGUUUAAAACUAUGAUGAGCGAUGGCCAUGACCUGUCCACACACCAUGACAGCGUCCCGUACCAGAACCACUUCAUCCAGCACUUUCUCCGAGAGCACUACACAGAAUGGAUUACCAACACCUAUGUCAAACCCUUUGUGGUCAUUCUUUAUCUCAUCUAUGCCUCGUUCUCAUUCAUGGGAUGUUUACAAAUCAGUGACGGAUCGAAUAUCGUGAACCUGCUGGCUAGUAACUCUCCGAGUGUUUCAUAUGCUUUGACCCAGCAGAAAUACUUCAGUAACUACAGUCCUGUGAUUGGCUUUUAUAUAUAUGAGCCCAUUGAGUACUGGAACUCCACGGUGCAGGAGCAUCUGAAGACUCUGAGUCAUGGCUUCAACAAGAUCUCCUGGAUGGACAACUUCUUCCACUACCUGCGAGUAGUGAAUGUGAGCGCUUCGACUAAAAGCGACUUCAUCACCAUCCUUAAGGGUUCCUUCCUGCGCAGUCCAGAGUACCAGCACUUCACUGAGGACAUCAUAUUCUCCAAGAACCGUGAGACUGAUGAGUACGACAUUAUCGCCUCACGGAUGUACUUGGUAGCACGGACCACAGAGAAGAAGCGCGAGGAGGUGGUGGAGCUUUUAGAAAAGCUUCGUCCAUUGAUGCUGAUCAACAGCAUCAAAUUCAUUGCCUUCAAUCCCACAUUUGUGUUCAUGGACCGCUACAGCUCCUCCGUCAUCUCUCCCAUCCUGACCUCAGGCUUCAGCGUGCUCACCAUCCUCAUCCUCACUUUCUUCCUGGUCAUCAACCCCUUGGGAAACUUCUGGCUCAUCCUCACGGUUACAUCCGUGGAGCUGGGCGUCUUGGGUUUGAUGACCCUUUGGAACGUUGGCAUGGACAGCAUCUCAAUCCUGUGCCUUAUUUAUACCCUUAACUUCGCCAUGGAUCACUGUGCACCACACCUGUACACUUUUGUGCUGGCCACCGAGCACACUAGGACGCAGUGCAUCAAGUUGGCACUGGAGGAGCACGGGGCGGCUAUCCUGCAGAACACAUCCUGCUUUGUGAUUGGGAUCAUGCCCCUGGUGUUUGUGCCUUCCAAUCUGACCUACACACUGUUCAAGUGCUCCCUCCUCACGGCGGGCUGCACCGUGCUGCACUGCUUCGUCAUUCUGCCCGUCUUCCUGACCUUCUUCCCGCCGUCCAAAAAGAGACACAAGAAAAAGAAACGAGCCAAGCGGAAAGAGCGGGAAAGGGAAAGGGAGCGGGAAAGAGAGAGGGAAAGAGAAAGGGAGGAGAUAGAGUGCAUUGAAGUCAGGGAGAAUCCUGAUCAUGUGACAAAUGUCUGAGUAGUUUGUAAUUUUAGCAGUCAGUAUCUGUGUUACUGGUGGAUUAGAGGUGUCCUCCAACGCCGAGGCACCUCUUGAGGUGCAGGGGAGUCCGAGAUGUCCCCCUGAGGAGUAGGCACUCGUCACUCCCAAUAAUAGCAGCUAAGCUGGUCAGAGUCGAGUGCAGCCCCACUGCACAGUCAUUCAGUCCUUCAAUCUGGACAGUGUAUCUCAUUUGCACAAACUGCAACAUGCCCAUAGUUCUAAAGCUCUUUCCCAACUAUUUGGUGUAUAAAAACAAGUAAGUAACCAGAACGUAUGCUUGCUAAAUCUGUAAGUACAUCCUAAACACACGGUAUGUUAGUCUGUUUAAAUAUUAGCAAUUCUAUGUUCGUCUCCUGCAGCCCUCAUCUCAGAACAAGUGAGUGAGGUGCAUAGCAGUCUGUUAAGCCAAGGACACUCAGACAAGUUGGUGAAAGUGGUUAGAGCGAUAAAGGUACAAACUAAAACUGUGCAAAACACGACUGUGCACGCACCUUACUCCUCACACCUUGUUAGCAGCAAAAAGAAACAAAACCAAAAUGUGUGGAAAGAGAGACAAAGUGGGCCCAAAGCACACCGCAUGCUUUUCUGUAACAUUAAAAAUAGCUGAACAGCUGAACUGGGCAGAUGGCAUACACUGUGUCCAUUAUGAAGAAUUAUCUUGCACAUUGCAUCGUGUGAAUAGAACUGUCAAGGUUUAUAUGAGCAGGAGGCAAAAAUUUCUGCUUUAUUCUAGAGGUCAUAGAAGGUCUUAAGCAAUGGCAGAAGAAAUUGCAGUGGGCUGCAGCGUAUGAAGAGGAAGUGAUAAGUGACUAUCACAUAAGAGUAUUUGAAAAAGCAGUCAGACUGAUUCUUAGAGUGUGACUUAAGAAAAUCCUAAACUGCUUUUGCACCAGAGCAGUAAAACCAAAAGUGAAAGGUGUUUCUAAGGCUUGAAAUGUUUAACUUUCUAGCAGAUUGAUAAUAACGGAAAGUUUCCAUGGGUGUUUGAAUGUCUCUGUGAACCACUUACAAAAGCUUACUGUCAGUGAAAUUGGAAGGUCUGAAUGUGAUUCUACUCUAGCAGUGGUGCCAAAUAGUGUACAGAAACUUUUGUUGGACAUAUUUAUAUAAAAACAAAAAUAUUCCAUAAGUUUGAACUUUCAUAUAAAUCAACCAUAAGCUAUGAGUUACGGGAACUAAUUUAAAGGAUUGCUGUUUUCUGUUGUUCAGGUCUGUGAAGCAGAUUAUGAUGCAGAUUUUACAUUAAAUAGUGAGGCACUUAUUGUAAAGUACACCAUCACUGAAGAGUGAAAGAUUUAUAGAUAGUUGAAGUUAAAACCCUGAGCUUCUGGGUUUUGUUCCAGAGUAGGAAAACACAAAAUUACUAAAAAAAAGAAAGAAAAAAAAAAUCUACCCCAAUCCAGAGCAUGCUUUUCACUCCAUUUGUCUAGACCGGGGUUUUACAUUUUGCAAAAACUAGACAUUGUUUAUUUAGCAUUUGUCUUUUUACCACCCAUUAAAUCUAAACUAAUUGAUAUUUAUCCUCAGCUCAUGAGUUUUAGUCUCUUUUAGCUUCUAGUUGCACUUACCAUACACUACGUGCCAAGUACCCAACAGCAGACACAAAGAGAUAGCACUAAGCUUGUGAGCAUCGUGGAUCAUUUAUUAGUUAAAGAGGCAGAUAUUGCCUGUAAUAUUGGCAGAGAUUAAAAGAAAAAGUACAGGACUUUGGUCAGGUGGUCAAAAAACUAAAUGGCAAAUAAAUGCUAAUGUUGCUCCAUAUUUACAGGAUGGAUAAUACACAGCCAAAUGUUGGUACAGCAUAUUUGCAACAGCAACUUUUUAAAGCUGAUAUCAUUCUCUGUUGCCCCCAAGUCAACAAAAAUAUCAGUCCUGCUUUAAUGAACACCAUUUCCUCAAGCUGAAAACCAUUGCGGGUAAAUAUUAACAGCUUGACAGACUGGAUAUGACAGAUACUACAAAAUCUUGUGAUGAUGUAUAGCAAUCUCAAGGAAAGAAAAUUAAAUGCGAACAAAUGAAUCAUUUAAACUUGUUUCAAUCAUGACGGGUUCAAGUGCAAAUAGCAAGUGCUGCAAAAUACACUUAUUGAUCUUAUAAUAUGAAAACUAAACCUAAGGAAAGUGUUUCAUGUGUUUAGGAAAACUAGUUCAGGAAACUCUUCAAUGAGAGAUUCAGUCAGGGUAAAGAAGCUACUUAAACAGCGACUAACCUGGGAGUGGCACCAACACUUUGGCUCACUAUUGAUAACGUUGCAAAAGUAAGAGUACAAGACCAUUACUGCCACCUGCAGUCCCGGAGCUGGUCUCGUCAGUUUAGGAACUGAGUAUACUUUGCCCUAAUACUUCAAAUAACAUUCCACUAAAAGAAUAAUUAAAAAAAAAUAUUGAGUUGUCCUCUGCAAAUACCUUCUUCAAUAUUCAGUCUUAGAAGUCCAAAAUGGCUGCAUUCUCCCUAGAUGGUAAACAGUAUUAUCUACAUCUGCCAAAGUCCUGAUAAGAAUCUCUGUUGCAGUCCCAAAACAAACACACUCAAGGUCAGCAGCCCCAACAGAUACCAAUCUCACACUGACCUCUGGCAGGCAAGUCUUAGCUGGUGGCAUGUGAUAGAGAGGCCCCAUAUGUGAGCAGAUGUAGCUGAUUACAGGUCAGUCAAUACCUUCGUAGGGAACUGGCUGAUUCUUACUGAGCUGUCAUUGAAGGGACACUGCUGUCUUUUUCCUUUGUGCUGCCACCAACAAGUAAAUGGCUCUCCCACAAAGCAGCUAAUCGGGCCGGUGAAGUAGAGGUUAGAGUGUUCAUACUGGGCCAAAUGUCAGUGGAAAAUAUGUGUUGUUUAACAUAAGAGUGCGUACGUUUGUGAGGUUAAUUACUAGUUAUCGAAAACGCAUUAAACCCACUUCUUGUGUAUAUUACUAUCAGUGAACAAAUGAGACAACUAUGGAAAAGAAUCCUGUACUUGUUUACCUGAGCAUAUGUCCUGUGUUUGAGGAUUUAAGAAGUAACUCAAAGUGCUGAAUUCUCACUUAUGUUUCAUCAGCCAGACAUUGCCCUACUAAGAAAUAGUGUUUAUGGCAAGAUAUUUCCUCCAGCACCUGCAGUGAGCAUCACAUUAUGUACAAGCCAUGUCACGUAUGUACAGCAAGAAGGCAUGAAAUGUUUGAAAAAUGAGAAAGAAAUGCAAAUCUUAAAUAAUUUACUUCCCAAAAUGGACUGUGUUUGCAUGGCACUGUAUUGUAUGUAUGCAUGUAUUUAAUUUUCCUGUAUGGAGUCUACGUUUUUGUUUUUAAUUAUGAUUUUGCUACUCUGUAGUGACUUAUGUUUGUUGUUUCAAUGCAUAUUCUGUAACACCAUGUGCUGCAAAAGAACAAAACGAGUCAUAUCUGUUCCAAAACAAAAGCCAGAGGACAGUUCAUGUGUAAAAUAACUGUAAAUUACUUUUUUCUAUAUUUUCUAUAAAAAAAAUAUAACAUAGAAAGAUUUUUAAUGACAGAAUUUUCUUAAAAAAAGAAUAAAAAGGGAAAAAAGUUUAACACAGUAGGCCAGUAAUAAACAGUGGAAUGUUGCCAGUAUACUAGAUCUUAUUCCUUGCACACUGCAGUGUCAAUAUUUGUUGAUGAUACACGUUUUUAUAUGGGAAACUGUGGCCACCAUUUUGUUGUUUUUUUGUGUGUCUUGACGCCGUUAUAAGCUCAACUUGGUCCUCACAUUUAAGAAAAUUAUAUGUUACUCAACAGCCCUUGUGUAAACAUCAGAACAGUCUGUCAGGCUUUGUAACGAUCACUUUUAACAAAAACAUAGGUUAGAAAUUUACUGAAUAUAAACAGAAUUAUGUUGUGAUAUACACCUAUAACAGUUUGCUAUAAGGCAGGUCAAGCUAAAGCAGCAAAGAUAUCAAUAUAUAGCUUAGCUUUUCUGGAAGCUCAUUCCUAAAUAUAAUUGGUGUCCUCAUCCUGUACGGAACCUGCCAUUGUUUCCUAGAGCACUAUUUCUGUAUCCUAGCCACAUUCAUCACUUUUCAGCUUUACCAUAAUUAGCUGAAUGCCACCUGGUUCAGCUAACGUCUACUUAAAUAGCAUCGCAAGAAAUUAAGAAUUAAUCCUCUAUGACAACAUACACAGUCUUACCAAUGCAUUAUGAAAACAGCAUGUGAUAUCAAAUAUUUAAAAACACUUCUUGAUAGUUUGGUCUUCUUUUGAAGAGAAGCAAAGAUGAACCUCGCAUUAGUCUAUAUUUCCCUUAUUGUCAAGAAAUCUGCUGAAAAAGCCAAAACAAUGUGUUGUGACUCUGUUCUUCCUGACCUGCCAACCAUGUGUGCAGCCUCAAGCUCACUGGUGUCCAUAUUUAUUGGGAACCAAUCCAGUUUAACAUAUGUUAAGGCCAAUUCAUAGUUUCCAUAUGAUGCAGACAGCUGAUGCAUUUCCAUUCAUGUUACAACAGAUACACGCCGGUCUGCUACGUGAACAGUCUAUUACUCCACACAGAAAAACAAACAGGGCUCCUGAGGAUGUUUCUGAGAAGUUGGCUGGGACUUUACAUUUUUCACAGGAAGUAGCAGCGGGUUACAGAUUGUCCUGUAGCACUGUGUCAAUUUGAUUAUUCCUGAGGUGUGUCAAGUACAGUGGGUGGACAUAGCACAGGAUUUCUACAGAAUUUAGAAACUUCCUACUGUGUGUGGACACUGUCAAUGGAAAGUAUGUUCAAACUGAGGUACCUCCAAAGUCUGGCCGCAACGACUUUAACCACAACUUGGGUAGAUGACAGGAUGUACAUCAUACCAUUGCAGACAUGCAGAUACAUAAAAUAUGAAUUGUCCUUUACUUAAGCAGGGGUCAUUUGUUAAUAAACUACAAUAUGUGUGUCAUUGGAAAUGAAGAACAUGUUUCUAAUUCUGUUGGUGCGGUUCCUUUCUGUUGUUAUAGUUUUUGGACAACAGUGGAGCUCAGUUGCAUAGAGGAGGAAAAUAGUAGGCUUUGGAUACAAUACAAGGAAUAUCUGUUGAUUUACUGUGUAAUUUUGAUGGUUUUGGCCUUUUCAUGUGAUUUGUUGACAAUGAGAUACAAAGCUUUGCUAGCCUCCUUCUUUAAAAAAAACAACUUGCACAAGAUACUACUGAAGCUAAAGGUCACUCUGCUCUAAAAGCUUUUAUGUAUUGAUUCAUGGAAUUAAUGAUGAGCCACACUUAUUCUCCUCCUUUAUCAUCAUGUAAAAAUAAUCAGUCAAUAGUCAGUCAACCUCUAAAGUUGUGCAUUUUGUGUGUGUGUGUAUAACUCAUAUACAACUCAUUAAAUUCAAAUAGGAAAAAGACAAAAGAAUAAAAAUGACAAAAUCUUUAGUGAUAUUGUCAACAUUUUAGGCAGAUAUAUGAGUGUACUGUAAGUGUCAUGGAAUCCUUUGACCACACACCAGCAGAUUUUCAGUUUGUGCAAUCAGGGACAACACAAUAUUCCCACAAUACGGGGCAAUACAAGUAUGCAAUCAUUAUUUUGCUUGUUGAAUAAUGUACUUGGCAAACCUGUUCCAACCACAGCCUCAGAGGACAAAUUGCUGUUUUACUGUAACUCAUCUAUCUUGUGUGUUAUGUGACUAAGCCACAAAAAUAGGCUCUUGUUGCUCCUAUUACUCUGCCAGUUAUUUAAUGACUUCUGAUUCAGCAUUUUACAGUAAGUUUCAACAUUGUGCAGAAGCUCAAAUGAAAGUGUGGUUAUUUGAGUGACCCUAGUCCCAUUUAAGUUCAAUUCCUGCAGUUAAAGCAGGUGUAUUCAGUGAAGUUUGCUUUGUACACAUCUACAUCUAUCCAUCCACCAUAUGCUUCAAGAAUCAACUGUUUACUUAUUAUGCAUUCAAAAUUCUAAUGUAUGGCGUCAUCUGUGGGUUUGUGUUGCCAUCAAAAAGCUAUUUGUGCUAUCAUUUCCUUGUCCAUUUCCAUGCAGUUCCAUCUGACUGAGGGUCUUGUUUAACUUGUCUGAAACAUCUAGAACAAGGAUUGUUUACAGUAGAAUAAUGUGUUCAUAUAAAUCUAAUACGACUACACUUUGUCAGUUGUCUUGACAAUUAUAAAUAUGUAUACAGAGGAUUCUGGUCUGAGCCUUUUAUACUGAGUCCUAAAAGGGUAUACCACUCAAUUUAAGAAGAUCUGUGUUGUAUGUGAUUUAUUUGGACAAUCUUGUCAGUCUAUUAGCAUAACUAGUGCUCCCUUAAACCACAAAAUACACGUAAAAUUACAGAAAUUAGUCAGUCAUGUUCGGCUCUCACAUAGUUUCAACUCAGCCUGGAGGUGGGUAACUUCUGAGAGGAUUUUGGCUUAACUUUAGUUGCAGCUACAUCUACUAAGAGUGAAAUCAAGACCCGUUUAGCUCUUAAGACUAGUCUUACACAUCCUUAUGAAACUCUGAGUGUAAAAAUAAGUCAAUCAGAAUAGACUAUAAAAUGAAAUUCUGGAUCUUUAGUGAAACAGCGGCCGCCAUAUCGAUGUAACAAUUACAGAAUAAUGUAAAUGCAGCAACAUAAUCAAAAAGUACCAGAGAUACAGGAGUCUUCAAAACAGUGAACUGCCUCAGUUAUACAGCAAUAUUUACCAUGUGCCAAAAUAGCUAACAUUAGCUACCAGAGACUCCUGGGUGACGGUCCAACAGUUGAUUGAUAUAUUAAUAUAUUUGAUAUAUGUUGCUAACCUGAAGGCUGCCUCGGACGUUUAUUGCUAUCGCUGCAGUCAUUCAUAUGUCUGAUCUGUACCUCCUCCACAACUUUAAGUGGUGAUAACAAAUCUACUGAGGCAACCAGGAGAUGGAGGAGGACCCUACAGCCAUAUAUAUGGGACUGAAAACAACUGAUAACAGCCAAUUAAUGGGCUGAUAACAUUCAAAGCAGGUGAUUUGAAAGUAUCUAUGUACAGAUCAUGAAGGAAAUAUUUCCACCGGUUUUAUGAUUAUGGCUAUAAAAUCACCAGGGAGCCCACAAUGUUCUUUGAAGAGUUUUCAACCAUUUAUUAAUGUCUGUAACAUUCCUGGGUGGAAAGAACAGUGGCUGAUAGAACAUUAUUUAACCCAUCUGAAUCCAGGGAACAUAGUUUCUUUGUUCCUGUCACAUUUCUACUCACUGUGGGCUCAUUUUUUUUUGACUGCAAUGUAAAGUGCUGCACCUCUAUGAAAAGAGCACAACUGACUUCCGAGUGUAAAAAAGAACUCAAAAGGUCUUUUGUGCAGUAUGGCACCCUUAUAAUGCCAUCAUUUGUAAAAGUAGAAACAUAAAAGUUGAAUUUCUAUGAUUACUUUUUUUCCAAAAAUUUAAAAAACCUGGACUCAACAUACAAAACAUUUUUCCAGGUGCCCACAGGUGUUGCACUGGAAAAUAUGGAAUGUUUUGUUUUGUUGGGUUUUUUUGUUUACAUACUUAUCAUACAAGUCUCUCUUUUGGUCGCCAAUGGCUUCUCAGUUGCAUCGAGGAACCCAGGAUUUUGGAAUUUUUACAGAAUUAGUUGCCAAUGGUUUAUUUUGGGCAGAUCUUCCUGCUACAAUAAAUGGAAACAACGGAGUUCAGAGGGUUAAAGCAACAAUAUGUUAUUUUAGGUGAACUGUGGCUGCAAAAUGAUAAAUACUAAUCCUAACCCUUGUGAUAGUACUGACAGCUAAAAUGAAAAGAAACAUUAGCAAAAGUACAGACAAGCCUGUGAAAUGACCCAGUAAUGUCUGUCAUAUAUGAAGACAUGUAGACUGAUCAUGUCAGAGCUGGAAAGUUCAGAAUGGCAAACUCCAGAAUGUAUUCAGCCAAGAAAGAAUUAAGAUUUUAUGUAUUUAGCUUUUCAUUUGCGAGAGGGAGAACAUGCUUCGUUUUUUUGUGGGGUUUUUUUUGGUUUGUUUGUUUUUUUUUACUACCAAAAGUCUUGCAUCAGAUGUUAUAAGCUAAUGAAAAACCUUCACGUACAGUUAAAAGUAGCCUUAUGCAGACUGUUAGUGAACUUCAGAUAUUUUUUUUGUAUCACUGUGGUAUUAAAACACACUUUUGGGAGCCAAACUAUUCUCACAACUAUUUCAGAACAUGGUACGAACAAAGAAGAAUCUUUUUUUAAACUGGGUGGUAUUUCUCUUUUAAGUGUUAUAAGCGCCUGUUAGCUUCGUAAGUCUGUGCUCUUUGUAUAACCAGUGGCAUUGCCUUGCAUAUAUUUUCCAGUAUUUCAGUACAGAUGUCAAUGGAGUAUUUUUCUUAGAUUGUGCCUGAGCUAUCGUACAGCUUCAGAUCCAGAUGCAGUAAAGAUACACUUUUGAUGAGAUGACAAUGCUGUGACAUGUUUUAGGCCGUUUGUGUGUCAUGAGAAUAGGUGUGUGGAAGUGUAUCGAGUUUGACUUUAGACUUUCAAGUGCUGUUCAUUCUUAAUGCCUUUCUCAUUCAGCAUACCGUCAAUCACAUGAAGUUAUACCUCUGUGAAACUGAGAUAAGAACAUGCAUGUUUGUGCCCGGAACGGAUGGAAGAAAGGACUGUUAUCCCCUUCUUACCACCUCAAAUCACUGUCAGCAUUCAUGUACUUUCUGUAAAUGUUAGCUCAGUGUACAGCUCUGCAUGGCUUUAUAUUGUACACACAUGUCACCGAGGUAUAGCCUCCAAAGAAGAGCAGGAAAUUAAAGCUCUUUCUUUGUGUUGCCGGUUUUCUGGUCGCCUUCUGAGGUGUUGGCAGAGCUUGAACUCUGCUUUGCUAAUCUAUGCCUCUUACCAAACGGCAGUAAGGUUUAACCUCAUGUGACUGCAGUGACAGAGAGAAAUCGGGUGUUGGGGGGGUGGUGGGAGGUUGAGGGAGGAAGAGAUAGAGGGAAACAGGAUGCAGGCAAAACAGGAGGUAAGCCCUCAUUUGAAUUUGAGAAGAUUUGAGCAGCAGGGAUGAUGGGAAGUUUUCCGGUGAAGGGAGAUGUCGUAUGAAUCGGGGGUGACUGCGGCACUGCUAGAAGUGUCUCUGUUCAAUCCUUUGCUGCUGUAAUGAGUCUUAGAGCCUUAGUUUACUUAUGGUGAAAGUUGCUGUUUGUUGUGACACAUGCAGGUUUGCCCACUUUAGAGGAAACUCAUUCUAUCUUUCAAAAAGGGCAUUUUUUUUUGUUUGUUUGUUUGUUUUUCAAGUUCACUUUAGUGAGAAGAAAAUGGUAUUGCUUCACAAUUUUCUCCAGUACAGAAGCAUUUUAAAAGGGUACUCCGGCAUGUUAAUAUUACACUUUCAUAAAACUGUCAGACUCACAACAACAGCUUUUAAAUCUCAAUAUUUACAAUGGAUGUAGCAGAGGCAGAGAUAUCGAAUUAUUGAUCAUCAGCAUGCAUGGCUGAAUAGCAGAAUUAUUUUAUGGUAAUGCACAUGUAAGCGUAAUAUCAACAGAAAUAUGAAGAGGUUUUAAACUACAUUCCGACAUGGAACCUCUCAGUAAGUAAUGCCCUCAGUACUGGGAGAAAUAUUCUUGUAUCUUGCCAUGAUAUCAGGGUGGCUGUGGAGACUGCAAUAUCUGUUGAUUGGAACACCACUUUGGUUCAAACAGAUAAGACUAAGCUAUUGGAUGACAUAUCUUCCCAAAUCAAAGUUUUCACUCAUUCUGCCAGUUGGAUUGGUACGAAAUGUUGUACUGACAUUUACGGGUUCCAGAAAAUGUAUCUAAACAGAUUCACAGAAUCCCCAGACUUUUUCUUUCACACUAUGACAAGGAUGACAUUUACGACUUUAAAGUAAAAUUUGUCCACAGCUAUGAAUGGAUUGCAAUGAAGCUUGGUCACACUUUAACUGGAUUUAUUGGCUAUCUGAACUGCAUUUGGGAUAACAGACACACACACUGCUGUGUGAAGGUGGAAGAGCAGCUGGACAUUGUGGUUUUCAUCCUAUCUGUGUGGCACUUUCAUUUGUAGAAAUAAGUUCAACACCACAUCAGUGUCUCCUUUGAAGGAUGAUCUGAAAACAUCUGUUUGCGCUCUAGGAUGGCCAGCUGUUCAACCACCUUCUACUACAAUGGUCCACAUUGAUUUUAUACAUUUGACUUCUGACAUGGUCAGCAUCUUAACUCUCUCGACCCCUAAGCAGUUUAUUUUUACUCACCGUGGGCUAAUUUUUUCACUGCAAAUAUUAGGUUCUGCACUUUUAUGGAAACAGAACACCCAUGCCAAAGUAUAGAAAACUCAAACACGUCUUAUGGCUGUAAGAUUAAAAAGGUGCCCCCAGGUGUAACCAAUACAUGAAAAAUAUGCUGGCUCUACAUACAGUACAACAGAUAUUUUACUGCCUACAUUUUUUUAAAUGGUUUCCAUACUUGUCUCCUAUCAGCUGUGUGAAAACAUAGCCAGCAGUUCAGCCCAAAAAUCUCUCUCUUUUUUUUUUUAUAUGACUGCUGAAUGGCAUAACCUAGGAGCCAUUCAGCAGUCAUGUCAGAAAAAUUAACCAGAAUCUUUAGUUGUUUUGCAAAAUCUGGUUAGACAAAAUGGUUUAUCACAAUCUUUGCCAUAGAACUGGUUAAGUUUCCUGACACAAUGGCACGUCAUCUGUAGUUCAAGGAAAAUCUGACAAUUCUGUUUUCACAGUUUCUGGCUCUGAUAAAUAAUAUAAUUUAUGUGAUUUUUUUUCAACAUAGUAUGCCUUUUAUACUUACUGACUGGCUUGGGGAUUCAGAGUGUAAAGAACUAGAUCUGAGAAUCCAUCACAGACCAUCAGAACAAUGUUAUGCUGUGCUUCGAUGACCCCUUUACUUCUCAUGUAGCACCAUCAUUAGGUCAAAAAUCCAGUAUUUAAAACAUUUGCAUCUCAGGCUAAAUUAGAGAAUGUAAUAAACAUGUCUGCUAGCCAAAUAUCAGCAUUGUCAAUGUAAUCAUGCUAGCAUGCUCAUGUUAGCAUUUAGCUUAAAGUAUCAUUGCAGUACCACCUCAUGCAGCUACCAAUGUGAUUGUGCUAUGUGGCAAAUAACUGCUACAUUGACAAAAUUAGGCCACUGGAGCCCCAGUACAACCAAAGAUUCUACGCUUCCCAUCAUGCAGUUCAACAGCAUCUUUUAAUAGUUUCUUUUAAAAAAAAAAUUCUACCAAAUGUGUUGGGACUGAGGUACCAUUGAUAGUAUUACUUAAGCUGUAAAUACUUUAAAAAGCUCCCUCCAAAACCAAAGAUGAUAUAAUACAACUGUCCAAAAGCAGAGUAACCAGCCUUGACCUGUAAAACUGCCAGAGUGCCCUUUAAAAGCUCAUUCAAUGACAUGCAAAAAUGUAUUUAUUUUUUUGCUAUAGUAGGAUGUUCUGCAGGGAAGAGCUGGCAUUUCAUUUUCAGUUCACUCCAGUUUUCCCCUCAUAAGUUGAUAAUUUCCCUAAAAGCCUAUGUUUUAUGUGCAGGCAGUAGACAGCCUCAGCUUUAUACUUUACAACACUGUAAGUUUUACUGUACACAGCAACAUCAUAGCGGCUUUUUGUAAUCCCCCCCCCUGAACUUUUUACUUCCUGAGCUUAAUGUGAGUGGCAGCAGGAGUGGCUGCUGUCGUGUUGUGCUCCGUUGCAGCGAUAUUGCGCCAAGCUGCCUUGGCCGGGGAUAUUUUUGGCUCCCACCUUGUCUUAAUCCUGUCGUGAUUCUCCGAUGGAUUAUUCAUGCUUCUUCUCCCCCUCUCACCCCACCUCCUCUCUUUCUCACCUUCCCUCUCUCCUUCCUUCUUUUACACUUUUCCAUCCUCACCCCUGAGCGCCUUCAUUUAACACGAAGCCAGUCUUCCUCUUAAUACAUCCGUGUCAUCAUUAAAAUGCCUUGAAGUGUGUGCUCCCAUGCUGCCAACCGAUCAUUCCUAUAAUUUAUUUAGAAGGUUGUAUAACAUAUCUGCAGCUUUCCCCAUACACUCCAAAUAUAUAAACCAACAAAGUACUAUAUCAAUAAUCCUGUUAACACCACUACCUACCUUGUAUUGUAUCCCUCCACUCUCUCCUAUUCACUGAGAUCACUUUUCUUCACAGCCUAUUCAAGUAGUCUGAAUUCCCUGCUGAGUCCUGCUGUGAUAAUUACUUCCAUAGAAUCCUCUCUUUAGCUCUUUCUCUUUCCGCCUAAAAACAAGAUCCAGAGGACCUUCGACAAUGAAUAGCAUUUAAAAGUGUAUGAAUAUAUAUUACACUAGAGGCUCAAAGUCCAUUAGAGUGAGUGGGUGUAAUCGAAAAUCUUUACUGAUUUGUUUAUUUGCAAUUUGUGACUGUCACUUUGCGAGGCUGCAAACGAAUAGUGGUGAAAAGUUGUUUGUGUUGAAAUGGCGGAAGAGGCUUGAUUAUAGUUAACUCUGGAUCUUAUUUUGUAGCUUGGUUUGGCUCAAAACAGCACAAACAAAUGGCAGCUUACUGAUCUUCCUGUUAAAUUUCAAACCACUUUCACACUUUACCAUCUAAUAGAAGAAAUCUGGGUGUUUUUCAACCUAGACAGGAGCUUCACAGUAAAGAUCUUUUAAUAUCUAAAAUGUGAAAGUAAUUUCAUAUUUUAAUUUUCAAAAACUACUUGGCUUAGCAUGGACAGAAUUACUGAAGUAGCUGGCACAUUGUUUUGCUAGUUUUUAAUCCUGUUAAAGUCUCAGAAUUAAAGAUGCAGAUAUUAGUUUAUCAGUGGAUUAGUUGCUCUAUGGAAUAAUAAUUGGCAACUCCUAUAAUUUAUCUAUCAAGCAAAAAAAAAAAAAAAAAAAGCCUUUCUUUGCCCAAAUCCAGUUUGCUAUUUUGUCAUGAUUGACUGCUUUCUUAGUCUUGCACUGAAGUACAUUUAAAUAUCUAGAUUUUGGACAAAACAAGUAAUUUCAGCAUAUCACCUACAAGAUUUUACAGCUCAACAAAGAAAAUACUGACAAAUUAAUUGUUUGUAGAAAUAGUUGCAGCCUUAAAAAUCACAGAAAAAUACACAUAUAUACUCCAGAUUACUCCCCAUAUUAGACCAUAUUUAAACCCAUCCAAAAUCUUUAAAUGUAGACAAGAAUUUGAAGUUUGGAAGAAUCAUAAAUGAGCAUCAGUAAAAUCAGUAUUUAUCCAUGUGUUGACUGUCUGAUAGAACUGAAACAAAUGGUCUGAAAAAAACCACACCCCUUAUCCAGUGAGGAUUAACGUACAUACAUUAUAUCAGCUUGUGCAUAUUUUUGUCGUGUGUGACUUAAACUCGCUUUUCUCUCAGAUGUCAUGUGAAAUAACACAAUCUUCCCGGCAGCAGCAAAACCAACAAAUAGUCUUCCAUAAAUGCAGACAUCUAGGUGAUAUAUUAUCAGCAGAAAAGACCUCUUGCCAAUUCUACCUUAGCCAUCUCAGCUAUUAAGAAAAAAUAAAAACAAAGAAAAAAAAUUUCUAUACAUGUCAGACUGAAGUCUCCUGGGUCAAAAUAUUAUUCCGAAUCCUUUUUCCGAAGCUUUUUGCGGUGACUAAUUGAGUGUACUCGGCACAUUACAGCCCAGCUCUGGGGCUGACGGCCAAAUCAAAAUGCUCUGGAUGUACACAUGGAAGGAUUUUGGAUAGGAUUUGAGCCCAGGCUUUCAUAGUGUAUACAGGUCUGUUGUGGCUGAGGAGCUGAACGCCACCGAUCAGACCAGCCAAAACUAGAACCGUAGUAUGACGACAAUGUACAGGAAUGUCUUAGUUUCAAUUUAUUAGAAGAGGUAUGCUUUUGAAUGCUCUGACUAUUUUAAAUGUAAACUUCUUUUCUACUGCCUGCUAUGUUGAAGCUAUAAAUAGUAUGCAUAUGAUCAACCUUUUUUACUUGACAGAAAGAAAAAAAAAUUUUCAUUAAAAGAGCUUUUGUCUAUGAAACACCA